UGGGCUUGCUAUGCCGACCGCAGGUCACGGUCCCGGGUGAGUUCAUGCAAGUGUCGUUCUCGUCCCUUAUGGAUACUCUUAUUAUGUUGUUUUUCUUGUUAUUAUAUUUGUAUGACUCCAAUCAUGGUCACGUCAGAGGAAAAUGACUCUGCUGGAAGACAACCAUCCAUGUUCACAGUACAACUAUCUGAUCAGCGUCCAGACUGGCCACCGCAAGAACGCAGGCACCACUGCUAAUGUCACGGUGGCGUUGAUUGGCUCGGAGGGACAAAGCGACACGCACCACCUCACAGAUCCCGACAAGCCCGUGUUUGAGAGGGGAGCUUUGGAUAUGUUUCUGAUGGCCACGCCCUUCCCACUGGGGGAAGUGCAGAACCUUAAGCUACAGCACGACAACUCUGGAGGUCGUCCAUCAUGGUAUAUCAACAAGGUGACCGUACAAGAUCUUCAAACUCGACAAGUUUGGUACUUCCUUUGCGACUGCUGGGUAAGCAGCGACCGUGGAGACGGAAUGACGAAGAAAACCUUCAACGCCGCAAAGAACUGCGAGGUCGCCUGCUUCAGGAAUAUUUUUCAGAACCGAACAUCAACCGGUUUUAGGGAUGAACAUAUUUGGGUGUCCAUCGUGGAUCCUCCCUCGCGGAGUCCGUUCACUCGGGUUCAGAGGGUUUCCUGUUGCAUGAGUCUACUCCUCUGCACCAUGGCCAUCAAUAUCGCAUUUUGGAACAUUCCAGAGAAUGAGGACUCACCGGUGGUCUUCACUGUUGGUUCACUGCAGGUCACCUGGCAGGACAUCAUGGUGGGCGUCGAGAGCGGUCUUCUCAUGUUUCCAAUAAACAUCCUCAUCAUUACCAUCUUCCGAAGCAUCAGACCCCGCGUGGUUUCCAAGUCUCAUAGAAACAUCUCAGAGGAAACCUUGAAACGGCAGUUGGUUACCAUGCCAACCAUUCUGAAGGAAACCGAGAAGGUCCUAUUUCUGGUGAGCAGAAGUCAACGCAACAAAAUGGAGAAAACGCACAUUUUGGAAUCUGCGACUGAUCUCUGCACGGCCUUGAAUAAAAUACAUGAAUUAAUCCAUACUAUACAAGGUGAAACUGAAAGUGACCUUCACUGGGUUUACUGCAGCAAAUUCCUCCUAGCCGCACUUUGUCACCUCCUAAUGUGCCUGGAGAUGUUCGACGAGAAGAACUUCCUGAUUUCAGAGUACAAACAAGCAUUAGACUUGACUAACCUUCUGGUGCGCAAGACCGACAUGGUCUUCAGCAGUCACUUGGCAUACUGCCCGUUUCCUGUCGUGAAGAAGAAGAAGAAGCGGCCGACGAUGGGGUGCUGGUUACCGUGGUGGUGCGUGUUCCUCGGGUGGUUCCUGUUGCUUUCCCUCAGCGCCGUGUCUACUUUUUUCACGUUACUCUAUGGGUUUGACUACGGCAGAGGAAAGUCCGUUAAGUGGAUCAUGUCUCUGGGGUUGUCCCUCUUCCAGAGCAUCUUCAUAUUACAGCCUCUCAAGGUGAUUGGAGUUGCUGUCUUUUUCGCUCUGUUGCUUAAACCUGUCGCUGUGGAGGAAACUGAAGAAAUCGAACAGAUUUUGUCGGAACAAGAAGACAAGUGCAGGCGUUACUCUGGCAGGGAUUCGCUCUGAGGAGACUGCAAAACACCCUCAACCUUUUUUUCCUUCUGGUUCUGUCUAGCGGAAUAAAUUUCACAUUGUGUGUGCUUCCCAGUGAAUGCCGCUUAAGGAUUCAUGGAUUGUCGAGCCAACAACUGAACUGGAGGAAGAAAAUAGAAGAUUAAAAAAUUGGCUGUAAAUAUGGAACGGAUGCCAGUUAGCUUCACGACGCAGUAUUGGGAAGAAAAUAAUCUGAGAUUCCAAGAAUAAAGUUGGAAAUUUAUGAAAAAAAAGUCGAAAUUUUACCAGAAAAAAGUAAUAAAUUUGCCAGAAAAAUGUCACAAAUUUACAGGAAUAAAGUUGCACAAGUUUGACAAAAAAGUUAUACCUUUCUGAGAAAAAAAAAAAGCCAUAAAAAUUAUUUCAAGCAUAAAGUUGUAAAAAUUUACGAGAAUAAAGUCGUAACAUCAUUAGAAAAUGGGUCCUAAAUUUAUGAGAAAAACAGUCGAAAAUAUACGUGAAAAAAAUUGCAAAUGUAACAAAAAAAAACAAAAAACAUAAAUUUAGGAGAUAAAAGUCUGAAAUUUACAAGAAAAAUUUGCAAAUGUAAAAAAAAAAACAUCAUAAAUUUAGGAGAAAAAUGUCUGAAAUUUACAAGAAAAAUUUGCAAAUGUAAAAAAAACCAUCAUAAAUUUAGGAGAAAAAAGUUUGAAAUUUACAAGAAAAAUUUGCAAAUGUAAAAAAAAACAUCAUAAAUUUAGGAGAAAAAGUCUGAUAAUUUACAAGAAAAAUUUGCUAAUUAAAAAAAACAUCAUAAAUUUAAGAGAAAAAAAUCAGAAAUGUACGAGAAAAAUUUGCAAAUGUACAAAAAGUCAUAAAACUACAAAAAAAAAAAGUUCUCCUAUUUCAUAGCUGUCUCAAGCAAUGCCCGCUUCGAGGGAGUAUUAAAAGACUUCCAGAAUAAAGUCUGAGAUUCACAAAAAAAGUUCACAUAAGUCACAAGACAAUAAAUUGUACAAUUUGUGAGAAAAAUAGUUGCAAAUUUACAAAAAUAAAGUCAUAAAUGUACGAGAAAAAAUUCACAUUCACAAAAAAAAGUUCACAUAAGUCACAGGACAAUAAAUUGUACAAUUUGUGAGCAAAAUAGUUGCAAAUUUACAAAAAUAAAGUAGUAAAUUAAAACAAAAAAAAAAUUUUAAGAUUUUUUUUUCUCAAUGUGACCCUAAUACUCCGUUCCAACCGCCAUCACCAAAAUAUGUAUAAAUAUAUACUAUGUAAACAAUUCCAGUUGCACAUUACAGUGUAACCUUUGUUAUGUCUUACAAAUGUCUUACAAGUAAUAGUUUAACAUACAUAAAACAAACAACAUACAUAUAAAUUAUGAAUAAAAAGGCUAAUUAAACAUUUAAGGUUAGUUUUAGCUCUUUUGAAAGACAUGAUUGAAGAGAGAAGGUGAUCCAUUUGUGUCAGUUAUGUCUACAAAAAAUGUAAAAGUACCAUUAAAUGUUGAUUUAUUCCGUUUAUUCAUCAUUUAUAUACAUUUAGAAUUUAUUUAUGUAUGUAAAAAUAUAAAAAACAUGUUUGGUGUUGACGUUUUUGAGAGUCCAUUGUUGUUGACAUAAUGCACGGAUGACUUCCUGUUCCGGUCGCCAUUUUGUUUAGCGAACUGGGGUUCCUCUGUACAUUAUAAGUAAUUCUGGGUUGGUUUGGACAAUAUAAUUGUAAUAUAUUAAUGUGGAACUGUAUGAUAGACAUUAUUUUGACAUUAUUUGUCAGCUUAGGCUAAAGCUCACCCAAGACUUUGAUCCCGAGUGGAGUGCAUCUUACUGUGAUUAUAAUAAAUACAUUUUUGCAUCUUUGAAUUUACAAAUUAAGUACUUAAAUCAAGUGCUUUUUAUAUGUCGUUUUUAUUGGGGCAGAUUUAACAGAAACCAAUGAAUUGUAGCAAAUAAAAACACAUUCAAAAUAGUGUUAGCAAGUGUUUGAAUUGUCUGAGCGUGAUACUAACCUUGAGGCUUGGACGAGUAGAACCAACGAGGUGAAGUUCAAAAAUGAUUUUUCAAACAAAUCAGAAGCGUCCAAAUCCAUGACAGCACAAUUUAUCAUAUUAUUUAAAAACUAUACUCAUUUUUUGUGUAUGUCCACCUCCGACUUUGAAGCGAUACAAAAAAAGGUUGCCUUGGUUAUCGUACAUAGCUGUACAUUACAAACGGAUUCUUUUCAGCCAUCUUGAAUCCCAUUACCCAACAGGAAAUCUCGCGAUACUUUGUUGGAACAUUUGUUUUCAUAUGUAAGCUAGUAUAUGGCUAAUGUCCGGGUGGCUUUGUAAUGACUUAUUGCGGUGG